GUCUCGGAGUCACUGCGGAGUCACUGCGGCCUGAGUCUCGCGGAGACAUGAGUGACGCCGGAGGCGAUGGCGCGCGCCUCAGGCGCUACCCCAAGCUUCCGGUGUGGGUGGUGGAGGAUCACCAGGAGGUUCUGCCUUUCAUAUACCGGGCCAUAGGUUCGAAGCAUCUUCCUGAUAGUAAUAUACGUUUUUUACAUUUUGACUCCCACCCAGACCUCCUUAUUCCUGUGAAUAUGCCAGCAGACACUGUGUUUGAUAAAGAAACACUCUUUCGAGAACUGAGUAUUGAAAAUUGGAUUAUACCUGCAGUUUACGCUGGCCAUAUUUCUCACGUAAUCUGGCUUCAUCCAACAUGGGCCCAGCAAAUCAGAGAGGGCAAACACCACUUCUUAGUAGGCAAAGACAUUUCUACCACAACCAUCAGGGUUACAAGUACAGAUUAUUACUUCCUAAGUGAUGGUCUGUUUGUACCUGAAGAUCAGCUAGAGAACCAAAAGCCCUUGCAGUUAGAUGUGAUGAUGGUAGAACCUUACAAACUCUAUAGCAAUCAAGAUGACAGUGACUCUGCGUCAUCUACAAAGAAGCCAAAGAUGGCACCGGGAGGUGGAGAGAGCACUGCCGCGGCUGAUGGGGAUUCUUGCUCAGAAGAACAUCGAGGGGACGAAGUGACACCAAGAAGUGACCAUGCUUGCCCAGAGCCAUCCACAUCCUGCUCAUGUUCUGGAAGUGAGCAGAGCCAGAGUGCAGCCAGCGCUGGGGAAACCCUAGACAUACUGAAGACGGGAGACGCGUUUGUUUUAGAUAUUGACUUGGAUUUUUUUUCUGUCAAAAAUCCCUUCAAAGAAAUGUUCACUCAGGAUGAGUUCAAAAUUCUACAGGAGCUUUACCGGUUUAAAAAGCCGGAUAGUAACCUUCCUGAGGAAGAUUUGGUAGAGAUUGUUGAUUCUCGAACUCAUCAGUUAGAAGAUUUAGAAGCAGUUUUUGCUGAUCUGUGUGACAGCGACAGUGAAGAAACUGUACGGGGCUGGGCUGCAAACCCUGGAAUGGAAUCACUAGUUCCACUCGUACAGAGUUUGAAAACACGGACAGAAGUACCUGACUAUGAAAUGGUUCACCAGGCUGGGCUAACCUGUGAUUACUCAGAACUUCCUCAUCAUAUCAGCACAGAAGAAGAAAUCGAUAAUCUUAUUCAGUCUAUGUAUUUUCUAUUGAAAAGUCUACCAAAGCCUACUCUUGUGACGAUUGCAAGGUCAAGUCUGGAUGAUUACUGUCCUCCUGAACAAGUUGGCAUGAUUCAGGAAAAGGUCCUCGAUGUGCUGCACUCUCUCUACGGGACCCUGGACACUCGUCUGGUGUACUUAGAAGCGUCCCCUCAGAGUUGAGACUUUUUAUUAUAUGAGAUUUAUUUAUUUAUUUAUUUAUUCAUUCAUUCAUUCAUUCAUUCAGCUGAUAUUUAUUUAGCACUGUCAUGUGUCAAGCACUAUUAAAGACAAGAUGUCCUGCCCUCCUGCAAGAGACUUGAGAGGCAAAUAAUGGCCUGCGAACAGUCUCAAGAAAACAAGGGAGAGCCACAGCUGUGUCUGGCCUACUGUCAGUUCUCAAGGCGCCCUGGCCUUAUAAGAAAGUAACAUUCUCAAUAGUCAUGUAGAAAGAGCUUUGCCCGUCCAUGACAACAUCUGCAGCAAGUCUGCGGGUCUAAAGUUGUUGGAAUUGCGCCCACACUUUUGCUAAAUGUUCUCCAGACUUGUUUUGUUUGAGUAAGCCUAAUCAAACAAAAUUGUAGGCUUUGAGGUCUUUGUUUUGUUUUUGGUUUAGUUUGUAGUUUUGGUUUUAGUUUGGUUUAGUUUUUGUUUAGUUUUUGUAGGCCAGCCUCUACAAAGUGAGUUCCAGGACAGCCAGGACUACACAGAGAAACCCUGUCUCGAAAAACAAACAAACAAACAGAAAAAAUCAAGGUCAAUAAAUUUUUCUGAUGAACCAACUUUUUAAGGAAAAGAAAUAAGACAAUUACAUCUUUGUGACCUGAUGUAAAUACCCAAGGAUAGCUGCCUUCCAGCCUUCUCGAAGUGUGACUGAGCACAGUGGGUCCACCCUUAGGUGAAUGCAAAGAGACAACUAAGAAGAGUGAAGAACAGUUUAUUGUUUGAAGCUGGGAGAAUAGCACUAGGAAUAUUUAUAAUAUGUGAAGAACAGAAGGGAGGACUUGUGAAAGUUUUUACUGGAAAGGAGAGAAUAUUUUCUGCUACUUGCAUUAGAGAUUGUGCUUCAUAUAUUUAAUGAGCCAAGUUUGCCCUUAGUGACCAGGAAGAGUGUCCGCAGAUGCCACUGUUUAUCCCCGGAGUUCCCACCCCGCCAGCUGUGAUAGGACUAUCUUUAUCAUGGAAGUUAGUUUCUCUGUGCGCCUUUUCUCUGCACUUUGGUUCACUUUUGUUCAGUAAUUACUUCCUAACUGCUUGAUUUCUUUAAAGGGUAAGAUGAUGUGUAAAGGAUAAAAAAAAAAAAAAAAAAACAUCCAUCACUCCUGCAUGAGCACAACAGCCCUCGCCUGCACGUGUGCCUGGAGGGUCGAGUAGCCAAGAUCAGAGCUCGCUUCGACUGGUACUCCAGGAUGUGUUACCCUUGUGAUGUGUUACCCUUGUGAUGCGGAACAUGGAAACAUACUCCAUUCUUAACACUAGUUAUGUUUUCCUCUGGUGAAUUCUCUUGACACUGAGGAGAUCUACAAAAUCUAAUACUGUGAAAGCUUGUUUGUAUUGUGUAAACAAAACCAACUGAUUUACCUGUCCAGUCUGAUACCCAAAAGGUUUGUGUUCUUACAAACGUAGAAUUGUAAAACUGUUAAGUUCUGAAAGUUUCCUGUAAAUAGACAUUUCUAUGAAUAAAUUAUUCUAUGUGCAAAAUGAAAUUAAAUGAUGUGUUUGGAAGUUUUAAGGCUUUCAGGUCAAACUAUAGAACUAA